AUGGCUUCCAGGGGUGGUGGAUCCAUAGGCCGAGGUGCAGGCAGGGCUCAGGGCAGCGCACCGGGAUCUCCAUCACGACCUUUGCAGGGGCGAGUAGGGGAUGGACCGGGUGGAGCCGGCGCGAUCUUCGUUGGGGGGUUGCUUACUGUACCGGCGCCGAGCUCUCGUCGCUCUUUCCGUUACGACGGCCCUCGGCCCCCUCCUUCGAGGCAGACGCCGACGCAGCCGGAGAGCGGCAGUGAGGAGAAGAAUGAGGAGGAGGAUGGUGAGGGCGAGAAGGAGGAGGACACUGAGGGGAGCGGGGAUGACAGCGAGGCGGCGUGGGACCCAGAUACGCAUGGCGGUGGGGAGGGGGGAGAUGAUGAUGAUGAAGACCACGAGAUGGAUGGGUUGGAGCCAGAGGGGCGGGAGGAGGAGGUGGGAGAGGGUGGUGGAAGGGCGGCGACAGAGGCGGGAUCACAGCAUGUGCGUGAAGGGGGAGGGAGCGUGGGGGUUAAGGUGGGGGGGGGAAAGGCCGUGACCAUUAGGGAGCCGAGGCAGAGGAAGAAAGCGAACAAGUUGAGAGAGCGGGCGUAUCCCUGCACGUUCACUGGGGAGCCCUUGGGCGAGGGUGUGAUCGCUCCCGAGUUUCUAGACGAGGACGGAGGGUCCGAGAGUAGUAAGGGGACUGGCAAGGGUAAUAGGAAGCGGGGUUGGCAAGUUAUGAUGUUCGGACCGUUAGGGGCAGACGAUAAGCGUCAGUGCAAGAUUUGCACAGACAGGAUUUCGUGGAAGCAAUCCACAACAACCCCGGGCGAGCGGCACUUUGCGAGCUUCCACACUGCGCACAUGCAUGUGUGGCAUCACCGUUACCACACCCCGUUCGUUCACUUGCCAGGGGAGACGUUUCCCCGAGGGGGCUACAAGGGAGUGCCGGAUGGCUACGUCUAUCAGUGGCCACAUGCCAAGACUUGGCCGCAGCUCGCCAAGGGGAAAGCGAUGGCGACUGGUGGAGGUGAUGGGUCAGGAGGGAUCGAGCGGUGGAUGACAACCAAACUAACCUCGGUGCAGCUACGACAGGCGAUCACGAAGCUGGUGGUCACCUGCGACCUCCCCUUCCGCAUCGUCGAGGCCGAGGCUUUUCGUGAGCUACUCAUUCUGUUAAACCGCAACUGCGCGCAGAAAAACUUCAUCCCUUCGCGCUGGACGGUUUCCCGCGACACAGUGGUCUAUGCGGCUGCCGCUCUUCAGUCAGCCAUCGCGGAGAUGCUGGCGAAGGAGGGGGGGCUGGGGUGCAGGGUGUCGUUCACCAUCGACAUGUGGACGUCGCCCAACAACAGGGCGUGGCUAGUGGUAACGGGUCACUGGAUCGACGAGAAUUACCAGCUGCGCACAAUGGUGUUUGAAUUCCGCGAGAUUCACGGGCGUCACACGGGCAAGCAGAUGGCGAGGGUGGUUGAGGAGACGAUGGUGCAGUGGGGGUUGGAGACGCGUUGUCUUGGGUUCACCUCUGACAACGCCUCCAGCAACACUGCCGCUUUCAGUACAGGCGGGUGGGCCUAUGCGGCUUGA